AUUGUUUUUUAGUACUUGCCAGUCUAAUUUCCUAAUAGAAGCAAACAUUGUGACUUAUGGACUAAACUCCAAAUAUUAAUCUGCUAACAGUAUGACUAAUUUUGUUGUAAGAAAGUUGGGAAAAUGCAACCUAAGAUAAGAACUAAUAGGCACUGUUAACAAUGGAAAAAAAUCAUACUGUAUAACAGAAAAAAGAUGAGUUAGACAACCAUUCACCACAUGUUGAUGAAUAAAAGAUACUGUAAGCGUUUAUUUAUUUGUUGUACUGAUUCCCCCACUCUUAUUUAAAGUGCAGCUGCAGUCCGUCUUGUUUGGCUGAGUGGUUACUUUGCUCCGAUAACGUCUAACUUUAUUCGUAGUUUUUGGUUCGGUUCUUCAUUACCUGCGUAAAUCGGGGAGAGAUAACAGUGUGUGUCACUUUAAGAGUGAGUCUUCGGGUGGCUUCUUGAUAUUAAUAGAGCCGCUGUGUCUUCCUCCUCUGACGUAAUGACUACAGAGACAAGCGGAGAGGUCCUGUCACAGCAAAGCGAUAACACUAGUCUGAAAGAAAAGAAAAGAAAAAAAAAGGAAAGAUAACGAGCUGACCUGUUUUGGUUUGCUGUGACCACCAACUCCAUGAAUAACAAACUAACUAAAGCGUCGGGAAUAUAUCAACACCCGAGCCAAACUCACCCACUAAUCAGUCGGUAUUAGCCUAGUUUAUGUGCUGCCGCGAAGCCUUUAACUAUCUCGCCCCCCCCCCCCCUCUCUGACCAAAAAGAAAAAAAGAGACAGCCAAGACACAGUCACCCCGUCCGACAUCAUCAACAAACAAAAAAAAAAAAACCCACAAAGAGACGAACCAGCCAGACAGCCAUCCAGCCAGCCACCAUCUUUACUGGCUGCUGAAAGAGACACAAUCUGAGAGAGAAAAGAACCUAAUGCUUAUUUUGAUCAACAGGCUAAGGCAACAACUCUGACUGAAGACCUAAAAGCAGGACAGCAUUUGUCACCCAGACUCGAGCUGACCAGGAACAAAACUGCGAUGACGCGCAGUUAAGCAGAAGAGGGGCUGCAGCUCUGGACCAAACGUAGCUGAUGCUUGUCCCAGUGAAGGACCUUUUUAAACACAAGGCAAAGAAACUGAACCAUUUUUACUCUGACAAUUGUGGACCUCUGAGGACCAAAAGAGAUGGAGUGAUACCAGUUUGGGUCCGACGUCUGGUUUCUGCUUUCCAUUACUUUGUUUUGGAGUAACAGAGGAGCCGUGCAGAAGUGCUGUGCUGCCGGACAGACUCGUGUAAUCAAGCUGGUUCAACAAAACUGAUGCCAAAGCCAGGAGUCAGCUAUGAUGUUUUGAUAACCUAAUGACCAGCAAAGAGAUGGUGAGGAAGAAGAAUCCCCCUAUCCGGAGUGUGGGAGGUGAGGAGGAAGAGGAAGAAGAGGGGAGGAAGCCAACAGGAGAGGAAGAAGAUGAAGGAGACGAGGAGGAGAGAGUGGCAGCGGAAGCAGAUCGGAUAAACCGACCCUCCGAACCAGAGUCCUCUGAACGGAUCAGAGGAAACGAGGGGCAAGACGAGGAGGAUGAAGCAGAGAGUGAGUGCAUCUCCUCCGUCGGUGAGCUCUACAUUAAUGAGGAGCGAGGGGGGAGGACUGCAGGCGGAGGGGCGAGGGCAAAACGAGUAUUAGCGGCACAGUGUGAGAGACCGGAGAGCCAGUUGGAAUCCGAGGACGGGGAGAGGGGAGCAGAAGGAGGGGAGAAUGACCACCUCACUCCUCCUCUCCCUUCAGCACCUCGGGUCCUUUCCAGACAGGAAGGGAGGGAGGAGUCAACCAAUGACACCCCGGCACUCUCGUCCAGCCCUUCUCCCAAACUCCAGGACUUCAAGUGCAAUGUGUGUGGUUACGGCUACUAUGGCAACGACCCUGCUGACCUGGUGAAGCACUUUAGGAAGUAUCACCUGGGUCUGCACAACCGCACACGGCAGGAUGCUGCUCUUGACACCCAGAUCCUGGCCCUCCACAACAUGGUCCCCCAGCAUACAAACUUAGAUUUACAAACAGGACAGGGAGCGAGAAGUCAAACCAAAGAGCUGGGGAAGACAAGAGCUGAUGGACAGAAUCAGCAGCAGAGGACAGUAAUGAUGAACGGAGCGUACGACAUACAGGUGACGUUGGGUGGCACCUUAAUCGGGAUUGGCCGCAAGACGUCUGACUGCCAAGGGAACACUAAGUACUUCCGCUGCAAAUUUUGCAACUUCACGUACAUGGGCAGCAAUUCCUCGGAACUUGAACAACACUUUUUGUCCUCGCAUCCUAACAAAGUAAAAUCUCCCCCAACCACACCCCUGCUGGCCACCAAUAGCCUGGCGACGCACGACAGCCAGCUAAAAGGGAGGAGUGUGAUGUUGGAUGCCGGCGAGCGGGUGGCGGUGCGAGCUGAAGACGACUCCGUGGUUGGGUACUUCAUCCCGGUCAGAGCGGGUUCUGACUCGUCGGGCUGGACGGGGGAGGCUGGUCGAGGGGCCAUACAGGCGUGUUAUUGGUGUAAACUCUGCAGCUGGAGUUGCGAGUGGUCAGAAGGUUCAGCUAAGCUUUUAGAGCACUAUGAACAAAGGCAUAAGGCUCCUGCUGGUGGCGCUAUAAGCCCUAACAGCUCUGGGAUUGACAGAGAGAGGGAGAGAGGAGGAAGAAAAGAUAGAGGAGAGCAAGAUCACAUGGCAUCCAAAAGCUGCAAAGGUCACUUCACCACCAGCCAAGGAGACCCAAAAAGUGGCGAUUCAGAAGCUGUCGUGACCAGCUAUAACUGUCAGUUGUGCGAUUUCCGUUACUCGAUGGCCCACAGUGCGGACGUGAUCAUCGUUGCUCCGUUGCUGCUGCACUACCAGCACAACCACUCCAUCCACCGCUGUUGCAUUCAGCACUGCAUGUAUUGUCCUCAGGGGCUCUGCCAGCCCCAGAAACACCUGGGAGAGGUAUCCCACCCUUUUGCUUGCCGGAAGCCAACCUGUUCUAAAUGCUGUUCAAAGUUUCCUCAGCCUACCAAGCAGCAGGACGCCAUUGGUUCAAAACCCACUGCUGCCACCUCACCCAGCGUGACCCCUCCUAACCCAAGAGGCGACCCCAGUGUGAUUUCUGGUUCCACCUUUUACCCCUCUAACCCUGCACAUCCUGUUGUUGCACAAGGUGUCACUCACUUGUGCGACCAGUGUGCAUUUGCCACUACGGACAUCGAUGUGUUGCUGCAACACUAUGAGAGCUGCCACAGCAUAAUCAAACUAAAGGGAGCACCUCCACAAGUCAAGGCUGAAGAGGAGACUGAAGGAGAAAAGGAGGGAGGCAGAGGAGGAGCAGGAGAGACUGAGCACACUUGUACGAAGUGUAGCUUUGUCACACAAGUAGAAGAAGAGCUUUUUAGACACUACAGGCGUGUCCACGCGUGUUGCCGUUGCCGACACUGUGACUUCACUGCUCCUGAUUCAUCGGCCCUCCUCGACCAUUUUAAUUCUGCCCACUGUCAAGACGCCUCUCCCUCAUUAGGCUCCCAGCCCACCUUAAUGACACCGUCGCUGGCGCUUUCGGCCAAUGGCUGCUCAGCUCCCUCGACUUUAGCCAUUAAAGAGGAGAGCAAGGGGGAUCUACGACUUCUAUACUCUCUAGCUCCACCUGAGGGACGAUUGGCAGAGGGAGGCAGAGAGGAGCCCAGCGGUGUAGUAAAAAGCGAGGGAGUGGAGGAAAAAGAAAGAGAACGGGAGAAGGGUUGGGUUCUCGGAGAGACAAGAGGGCCGGGAGAAAGAGGAGGUGAGCAGGCCCACGGAUUACUCUGGGUACCCAAGGAGCGGAUGGGGCCCGAAAGAGUAGCAGAAAGAGGAGCAGGAGGUGGGAGCCCCUCUCUUUUCCCCUCCCCGCUCUCCCUCUCUUUCGUUUCAGCCAAUCACGAGGGUUCGCAGCAGAAGAGAGGCAUGGCUUCGCCUGGCAUGGUUUACCUGGGAGACACCAAGCCAUUUUUGGGAGAUACCAAGUUGUUUUUGGGAGGAGGGAGACCAGGAGGAGCUACUGCAGGUGGAGGAGGAGGUGGGGAGAAGCCAAGCCAGAUAUCUUCACAACAGUAUCCAGGUGGAGGAGGAGGAGGUGCAGGAGCACAGGAGGGAAAAGGAGGAACCACAAAAGAAGAAUCCCAGUCUCUGCUAAGACGACGCAGAGGUAGUGGGGUUUUCUGUGCAAACUGCCUGACCACCAAGACAUCGCUGUGGAGGAAAAACGCAAAUGGAGGCUACGUCUGCAACGCAUGUGGUUUAUACCAAAAACUGCAUUCGACUCCGAGGCCCCUGAACAUCAUCAAGCAGAACAAUGGCGAGCAAAUCAUUCGACGGCGGACCCGAAAACGCUUGAACCCUGAUACGUUGUCGUCCGAGAACCCGGCCCCAAAACAGCAGCGAAUCACCAGCGAGGAGCGCCUGAACGGUGAAGAGUUGGACACCAGGAGCUGCCCUUCAGUGAAAAGCCAGCAGCCUUCCCCGCGCUCACGCUCCCCGCGGUCCACUCAGGCCUUCUUAGCCAAUCAGACUCUUGAGAUCCACAGGCGCAUGCCUCCCCUCCUCCUCCCCUCCCACCCUACCCCAGCCAUGGUGGCCGAGAGCAACGGGGGCAUCACAGACGGGGGAUUAACGUCAAAACUAGAAGUGGGGAAAGGAGGAGGAUCAGAGAGGGGAAGUCCAAUUGAAAAGUACAUGCGUCCAUCUAAACCCUCUAGCUACUCUCCUCCAGGUUCGCCAAUUGAAAAAUAUCAAUAUCCGCUUUUGCCAUUACCUCUUCCUUUGACCCUGUCACCCGAUUUGACACCUGAAUCUGAUUGGCUCAGAUUUUGGACCAAGUAUAAGAUGGCAGCCACCUCGGGGGUCCCUGGUAGCAUCAGUAAUCUGAGUAGUCCCAGUGGGAUUGGAAAUAACGCCCAUCAUCUCGGAACCAUGGUGACCCCUGUACAGUAUCACCAGCAAAGCUACACGGUGCCUUACUGUGCUUCCCCUUACUCCCCUCUGCCGCCUCCUCCAGCCCCUGCUCACUACCCUCCUCCGCCUCCUCAUCACGCCCAAACAUUAUCCUCUGCAUCACCGGAGAACGACACUCCUUUGGAUCUUGCAAUAAGACAACGAGAUACAAGCAACGCAAAUAUGUAUGUGUCAAACGGUGCAGAAAGAAAAAGGAAGGAGUCACCCCGAAGUGAGACCUCGAUGGGAAACUGGAAAGGUGAGAAGGAGCGUGAAGAGAUGGCAGAGGAAGGAAAACAUGAGUCAAGCAUUGUGUUGAACUGCGCGAAGGCAGAUGCAGCCACGCAGGAUGACCUCGCCAACCGGUGCACUCACUGUGGCAUCUACUUUCUGGACGAGGUCAUGUACGCCCUGCACAUGAGCUGCCAUGGCGACAAGGAACCAUACCAGUGUGGCUUUUGCCUCCACGUAUGCGCGGACCGCUACGACUUUACCACGCACAUACAGAGGGGCUUACACAAAACGCUGCCACCGCCGCAACAGCAGGAUCAUACACCAGAUGGCAAAAGUCUGAAUGUAAUGGCAGCACCAGAGUGUCGAAGUCAGACACCUGCGCCGAAAGAUGGAGGGAUCACAAGCGAAGAUGAAGAAGUCAUGAGUACAGAUCAUGAUGGUCAAGAAAAGGAAGAUACAGACAGUGGAAGUAUACAAGAAGUUGAAAAAGAGCAAGAAAGAAGUAAGGAAUUAUGUGGGAAAACAUCUUUGGAUGAUCAUAAAUCCCCGGAGAUAACAACUGUGGCAGAAUCUACGAAGUUAGAUGGACUGACUGAUGGAAAUUAAAUGACUCACAAAACUUUAAUAACAUGUUAUUGGAGUAUUAGGCUCUAUGUUCCUGAAGGUUUGCUCAUUUCCUAAUGGGCGUACCUUAAAAAGCACUCCCACUGUCAAAGGCUCAGAGAAAUAUAUUGCAGGACCCAGGUGAACUACAGCUGGGCAAGGGGAGAAACAGCCUGAAUCCUCCGGUGAGUUACAGCUUACCUGACAGAUUUGUGGCAGGGAGUCAACAGGGUGCUGGCAUCCAGCUGAAAUCACUUUUCAGAAACAGAAGAUCUGCGUGCAUUCACAUUGGAGGAUUGGAGGCUGGAUUAACAUAGCCAUCAAACAAGAGCAAAAAACAACUCGAAGUAUAACACUUGAACUUUGCUGCGUUGAUUUCAUCUGCUGCAUUUAACCUUUUUAUUUCAGAACAACCAGAUGUGAUCUGGUGAGAAGUGCUGCGCUUUUGCCCAGAACAUGUUUAUUUUUCCUCUCAAAUGGAUCUCAAAAACCAAAAAAAAACAAAACAAAAAAAACACACUUUCUUUUGAGAAUUUUCAAACUGGUUUGCUUAAACCAGCUAGGGCUUAUCUGCGGUUCAGUUGGUACGAAAUUGACCAGUUUCUUUCACUUUAUCCCAUGCUGUUUUUCAAACUGAUCCUGGAUCAAUGCAAAAUCUACAUGGAGGCUGAAAACUAGUCCUAACUCUUUUUGAAACUGCUUGAAUCCAGGUGAAACUGAUAAAACUGGUCUAAUGUCUUCAUCUGUUUGGAUGAAAAAAAAAAAAAAAAACUAAAAGACUUUAUUUUUUACUUUCCACUGUGCCAUGAUACUAGCUAUGUGCCUGGCUGCCUGCCUAAAUAGAACAACCAUUUAUUAACCUGCUUGACAUUUAUAUUAAUGAUAUGAAUAAUAAUAAUGGAAAUAAGAAGAAGAACCAUGAUGGCAUCAUUAAUCGAAAAUGCAAUUUGCUACAUUUUCUUAUUUGUCGUUUUGUAAAGGUAAAAAAUUUUUGCUUUUUAAAGGAAAUGGUACUAUAAAAAUUAGUCUAUUUUAGUUCUUUUUUUUCCUUGUUUUUGUGUCUUUAAUGAGGUUUGUUACAUUGAUAAAAGCCGUCUAACAAAAAAAAAAAAGGUACAGCAGUUGAGGGGGUUGUGUGCGCACAUGUGCAUUUGUUUUACUGCAUUUACAGUGUGUGUAUGUGUGAAGAUCGAAGGGUUUUCCGUCCCUAAACGAUGAUGUAAACAUAAUGAAUGCUAAUGCUCAGUUUCUUAGUCCUCAGGGGUCACACGUGCACACCAACCUGCCUUCAUCACAGCAUGUGACACAUCAUUUGUACACAUCAAAGGCUUGGUGAGAUAAGUGUUUUUAGCAUGUUACGUCUUGUUUUCUUUGGUUCUUCCUAUAUAUGUUUUUAUUGUGUGUUGUUUUUUUAUUUGGCAAUAGGCCAAAGUGGGUUUUUUUUAGGUCAUAACUUUUCUUAAUGUCUACAUGUGUUUAAGUUACUAAGUGUAUUAGACAGACUUCAGAAAUUAGGGAGCAAAACCCAACAUUUUAUCAAAAUGAUCAACAUUUUGGGUUAACUGUAUAAACUAGUCUUAAGAGAUUCUUGCCUACAGUGUUUUAUGUCUUAUUGCUCAGAGUUAGAAAAAAAAAAAGUUACCUUUAUGUAGCACAUUACAGCAUCUUCAUUAUUUUUGGAAAAUCUGUUGCCUUUAUAAUGGAUGGAAACUGUUAAAUUUUUUUUAAACCAUAAAUAUUACAGAAAGCCUUCAUAAGAAAAGAAGUAUAAUUCGAUUUUAAAUCCUGAAGUUUAGAAAAAAGUUCUCAGAGGUAUUUUUUUGUUUGUUUGUUUCUUUUUCCCUGAGUCCCCUCAAUCAGUUGAAAGACAUGUUGGUCAUCUUACCUGUUGUCAAAACAGACAGACUACUUUAGCCUCGCUGCCUUAGAUGCUAGAAAACAAAAGAAAAGAGAACCCUUUGCUGAAUAUCAAAGACAGAGAGGAACAAGAUAAGAAUCAGGAAAUAACUAUUUUUUAUAUGUAUUCAAAAGAUGUAAAAGAAUAAAAUAUCCACUUGGUGCCUGCUAACUAUAAUUUUUUUUAAAGACAUCGACAUUGAUACAUUGAUCUUCUCCAUAAUUCUCAUGUUCCUAUAGUUUCAAGAAAUGCUACAGAAUCAAAAUGUCACAGUUUCAAAAUCAGUGUCAUUUUGUGUCACGUCAUUCUCACGGUUCCCACAUGCAAAGACGGUAUGGGGUUUUCUCCAUGUGUAUGAAUUCAAAAUAUCAUAACACCUUUCCCCUUUUGUCAGUCCACUGUGUUUUAGUCUAAAUUAUGAAGUCAAAUAAUUUACUUACUCUCAACGUAGUUGUACUUUUCUCCCUCUAUUCAAAUGUACAAUUAGCACCACAGCUUCAAAUAAAGAAUCCAGAAAAUAAAACUAAUAAAUCCUUCUACUCAAAUUUACAGUUAGCAUUGCUGGUUCAAAUAAAUAAUUAAAUAAGUAUAAUGGAUCAAUAUUUUGUAAAACAGUAUGGUGGUGUCUGGUAUUUUAGCCUGAAACUGACAAUACAUUUUAUUAUAACACUUUCCAUAAAAUUAAGACUUCAGAUUUUCAGGCGAUAGGAUUAGAGUACUGAAUUUAUAAUAUUUUUUCUCAAGGUCAUCCAGUCAAGAGAAUCUCUUACUGGCUUAUGGCUAUCCUUUAAAAUUGCAAGUUUUGUGUAAGAAGACAGAGUUUGUAUAAACACAUGACUGAUAUUAGGCAUCAUGCAAUAAUUGAUCAAACUUUUCACUUUUAGUCUCCAAAGAAGGAACCAUGUUUCUCUGUGGUCAAUGUAUUAUCAAACUUGUCAGCUUAUUUUCCAUGUAUGCACACUACCUUUUAGAAAUUAUGAGCCAUAUAUCUUAUAGAACAGAUCACCAGUGUUUUGGUAUUCAGUCAAGGCAUUACAUAUUGCGUAAUUGAUAUUAUUUGCUAAAUAAUGUACGGCACCUCCAAUAAAACUGGUUUGAAAUUAGGACCAACAUUGAAUUUCAUGUUGAAACUGAGAAAUUGAACACAAAGCAUUUCCAGUGAAUUGUACAAUUUUGAAGAGAAGUAAAAUGUAAUACAAUUAUGGUGGAGAAUAAAAAAACAAAACAUUGCUAGCAAAUAUAAAAAUGAACCUUUACAUUCAGUAGAUUUGUUUAAUCAUUGAACUAUAAGUAGAUUAAUUUAAACUGACAAGCCAGCUUUAUAUUUUUCAUAAGAUUCUGAAAUAAAGCUGCAGGUUGUUUGUGCAAUAUAAUUACUGAAGUAGUUGAAGUCUAGGUUAAGGAGUUGGCUGUUUUUUAUUCUUUUGUCCUUUUUUCAAAGAAAGACACAUGAUCUCCAUUAACUGUAAUGUUUAAAUUUGCUUUUACUAAAAAUGUUACCCAAUAUGCAAUCUGGGGAUGUUCAGCAAACUUAUCAUUCAAACUUUAUUGCCUUUAUUUUUGGCAAUAUUUUGUCCUGUUUUUGUUUUGUUUUGUUUUGUUUGUUUGUUUGUUUUUUUAUGAACUUUAAAUUAAAACUUUUGAUCUGUUAAGGGGCUUCUAGUACAUAAAGAAUGUUUACAUCUGUAUUUGUAGCAAAACAAAACAAACAAUGCACUGUUUUUUAAGACAACAAUGGAGUGGAUGGAAGGAUGUUGGCUGAGAUGGAAGGAUAGGAGCAUUUGAAGAAUUUGUGGGAGAAAAUGAGACGUACAGUUGCUGAUAGAAACGUUUUCUUGGUUUUUCCUUUGAGUGUAUUUCAGCAUCAAUACAUUGAUUUCGCGUGCUGAUUUGAAUCUAGGUGUAACAGUACAUCUCAGCCCUCUCCUUAUUGUCCUUUCUAUAGCCUGCCUUCUCUCAGCAUCAUGUGUUUUCAGUGAUUUACAAAGCAGGGUGAGGUUUUGAAUCAGAGUCUUGCGCUGUCUUCAAAAUGUUCACUCUUUUACUGACAAACUCGUACUAAAUUUAACAGGAAGAGUCGAGACUUGGUACCUUUGAAGCUUUGGUUGUUUGGUACCUGAUUUUUAAGUUACAAAAUAAAGCAGUGUUGUACAGAUCACACAUCAGUUCAUAUGAAUAUCUCAUGAAUAUUUUAUAUCCUCAUUGACAGACAGAUAUUCAAUCAAUACAUUACAGAGACUUUUUUUUUAUCUGUACCUGUUCAAAUGUACAAAAUAGUAUUUUCUUUAUUAUUAUUAACUUAUUGUACAGAUAUUUAUCUCCGAAACUCAAUAACUGUGGGCACAGAGUGGUCUGGUGGUGGUAUGCUGCAGUACGACUGUGUAAGACUGACUGCAGUGCUUAGGAAGCAGGACGGGCGUACGGCAGCACAGCUCUGUUUGGUCGCCACUGUUAUCGACAUAAAAGUUUCCAAUAACAGAGAAAAAGAAGCUAGAUUCAUUACGAGUUAUUUUUAUGAGAAACAGUUGCGAGAGGGCAACAGUGCAGCUUUAAUCCUAACCAUAGCUCUGCUCAACCCCAUCCGCUUGGCUGUUCCCUUCAGUGUGUCUCCACACUGCCCACUUUUUGAAUUUUUCAAUAUUUGUCAGGGGUGGGAUUUUGCUUUCAAAGAGUAUCUAGUUACACCUUAAACAGGUGUGCACACCAGAGUAAUUAAGUUGUGGGCAUUAGCACUGAGCUCGCUGUAAUUGUUAGCUAGAUAGCAUUAAGCAAAUUUUUAGUGAUUGUAUUCUUACCAUAAUCUAGAAUCAUUAGCGAUAGCAGUCUAAUGCUAACACGACCGAUAGUGUUAGCUUGGCAGCAUUAGUAUUGAGCUAACCCUUGGUGCUAGCGUACUAACAUUAAUGUUUACCCAACUGAUAUUGUUAGUACCCCUAAUGUUAGAGUUGAUCCAGACUUUACUGUAGAUGUUAAUAGUGUGAAGCUAAUGCUGUGGUAUGCUAACAAUGUAGGUGAACAACUAUUAGUGUCAGCUUGAAAAUUAUUUGCUUAGGCCACACUCCAUAAUGAUGUUUUUUUUUUUUUUUUGGUUUAUGUGUAAGUUACUGACUGGUCCUACAGUGUUUUGACAGGAAAGGGCCAUUAAAGUCAAAGUCUUCUUUAUUGUCAAUUCAUCAUAUGUACAAAUGAGGUUCCUCGACACCCCCCUGUAAAACUAAAAUCUUAGAGAUAUUACAUAGCAAUAAAUAAGAAAGAAAAGUAAUACAUAAAAUAUUCCAUAAUCUAUACAAAAAUACAACAGUUUUAUUAAACAUUCCCAUAAACCAGAUAUCAUAUACAAUUUAAAAAACACAAACUCUUAUAUAGUUAACAGCUUAGAUGGAUAGAGCUCAUGGGAGAGAUAGAAGGAAGGGGGCAGACCUGCAGCAAAGGUUCCUGUGGGAAUUAAUAGCUUUCUUCUAUGAGGUGCAAGACCUACACCUACGCCACAUGGUUCUCCAUAUCUGCCUAUUUUAAAAUGUUAAAAUUUAAAAUGAACUCUAUAGUGAAAGAGUGGACAAAUUGAAAACAGUAAUAGCUACUCAAGAGUUUAAAUACUGACCUAUCCAACUAAUUUAAGCGUUGUACAGUUGACUUGAACCGGGCUCUAGUUGGUUCAAAGCUAUUUACGGGGUUUUGUCAUAAAUUUCGAGAUGGUUCAUAUCAAGAGAACUAACAUUAAACAAGAAUACAACAUAAGUUCUCCCCUGUAUUAUUAUUUUUUAUUAUGUUUUAUGGACUUCUUAGAAACAUUUCUAGGGGACUGUGGAAAAAGGGGUGUAUGAACUGUUAUUUUGGCUAAUUCUGGUGUGAAAAGUCAUUUUGAUGAACCAGACAGAUUUCUCAGUAGGCUGGGGGCCAAAUAAGAUUUCUUUUUUUUAUGCCAUGAUGUUUCAGUGUCUUAACUUUUGAAGGAAAAGAUUUUCUCUGUUACUUAGUUGAAAGCAAAAAACAACAACAGCCUUGAUAGCGAAAACUUUGUUCUUGCACACUUUUGAGUUUGUUAAAGCCCUCCAAAAUCUGGUCCCAUUUGACAAUGUGCUUU